AUGGCUCCUUCCAUUCUCAACUUCAGGGCUCUUCGUCGUCGUUCGAAAGCCAGCUUCAAGACCGACCGUUCAAACACCGACGUCUCUAGCGAUGCUAGCAAUGCAACUACUCCAACUCCAACCAGCGGUGCCUCAACGCCCCCCUCCAUCGCCCAAGCCUCCGACCCUGCUUUCGAUCUCCAUCUGAAAGAUUCCAAUCAUCCCCAGGCCCGCCCGCCCCUACAGCCCGUGCCUAAUUCCCACCGACAAAGCGUACCUGGAAUGACUGGUCUUGGGUCUCCCGUUGUCAAUGGCAAGUGGACGUUGCCAACAUCGCCGUACGCGCCGCGGAUCGCAAAUGUCACUGAAAAUGCCUGGGUCUAUCAGAAGGUUCUCCUCGUACACGGAACUAUCGGCGACCCCUCUCAGCAUGCUCUUGAUGGCAACCUUUCUGUAACCCGCCUUGACGAUGGUUUCCCUCCGACCUCAUGGCCCGUAAGCGACUCUCACUUCAAAGCUCUGGUUUACCUGCAGCCGGGACCCAAUAAAAUCCGUUUCGACUUCUCGAGCCCGAAGCUGCCCAACAGUUCUUCUUCAAACCCAAUCCAUGCUUCCUAUUUGACGGUUCAUAUGCUGCCGAUCAACAAUGCGCCUCCACUGCAACUCGCUAUUGUGGUCGCUAAGGACUCUCCCGAGACCUUUGACGCUGUCCCCGCUAGAGUCGAGCGAGAGGGAAAUGGUCUGGAGACGGCAGUGCGCAAAUUUCGCAUGGCAGCCUACCUCUGGCAGGCUUUCACAGCCGAGCAAAUGUGGCGUAAUAAACUUGGACGCCGAGUGUUCAGAUUCGAGGAGGAAUGGGUUGUCGGUACUUCAAACCUGCGGGAUCGCGAGAACGGAACCCUCCGCUCCGAGGCCAGGAUACACAUAAUCAGAUCGGACAAGACAGUCGCUGAAAUACGAGACCUUGAGCUGGCCCAGCAGAACGAAAAGUCAAGCAAGAAGGGCGACCUAUUUGGGAUCGCUGCCGAGGCGGUCAAGCAGUACUUCAAACCGCUUGGCGACCAAAAACAGUACGUUUCUGUGCUGAUGCUUGACACACAAUGGGAUAAGGAAGCCAAUGUCAUAAGAGGGCAUGCCGCACUGGGAGGAAAUGCUGGCGAACUGCAAUUGGCCAUUUUUGGAUCGCAUUGCUUGCAGAGCUACCCCACGAGUUUCGAGGAAGUUGUCCCCGCAUUUACGGACUGUACUCCGACCGACCUUGACUUCGUCGCCAACGACUGCAACCAGGCAGGAAGCUCCUGGGAAGCAGCCAACAUUGGAAUCGGUGCUCACCUACACGAGACUGGUCACCUAUUCGGCUGCCCACAUCAAGAAACUGGGGUCAUGCUCCGCGAUUACUUGACACUGAAUCGUAGCUUUGUAACCCGAGAGGCCUAUUGCUCCAGAACCAACUCGAAGGGAGGGUUGGUAUUGCAGGCUGACGAAUGUGGCUGGCAUCGGCUGGACUGCUUGCGCUUCCGCACACAUCCGUGCUUCAGGUUGCCGAACGACCCUCCAAUGAACGCCGACGACAGCGUGCAUGCUUUCCCAGUGGAGGGUGGAAACAUAGUGGUGAUGGCAGCAACUGGCAUAGCCUUCAUUGAGCUCUUUGCCGAGGACGACGACGUCUGCCGGAAGUGGAUCGAAUAUCCCAUCGAGAAUGGCUCUGUUCAACGCCAACUCACAUUGAACGACCGCGAACUGCGGGAGAGACUUCCGGAAAAUAAGCGCAAAGGACAACUUAGGGUAUCGAUCAAGUCGCACGGUUGUGGCGCUUUGGACAUUGAGGAUUUCAAGAAGUUAUGUUCCAAGGAGUCUUCCUUUAAGCUGACGCCUGGUCCGCUUGGUAAGACGGCCUACCGAGGGAAGGCACUUGGAACCUCGGCCAUGGAGGGCACCGUUGCACAGGAGGUUGUAUUUGACAGUGCAGUCAAAUCGAACCUAGUUCUGUCUCGUGUCAUCUUUUAUCACGGAUAUGCUGUGGAUGGCAUAGAAUUUGUUUAUGAUGACGACUCAACGCAAUUGUUCGGCAAGAGAGGGGGCAAAGAAGACAUUCGCCGUGGUGAGUACAUUUCAGGCUUUUACGUCCGCUCGGGAUUCUGGAUCGACGCUAUCCAGGUCCUCACCAGCCUGGGUAGGAGGUCACCCGUAUACGGCAAUGCCCACGGUGGUUCUGCACAUACUCUGAUACCCCCGAGAGGAUAUACCAUCUGUGGUGUAGCGGGCUCUUGUGGCGCCUGGGUCGACGGAUUCUCGAUCCUGAUUGUUAAAUAA